GCGGUGAAAGGAUACGAACGGUCUGUAAUGUAGUUGCGCACACGAGUGUUCACGUCAUAUACGUCAUACAUAACCUCAAUUGUCUACGAAAACAAUCUGAACUUUUGAGAGUUGUGAAGUAUUUUAGAGUGUAUGACACGAUAAACUAAGAAUAUAUAAAUUGUGUUUCCGUACCUGGAUUACUUCCGCUCCAAGAACAUGGAUAUAGCAAGCUACUUCUCCAACUCAGAUUUUCUGGACACCAGACUUCUAGCUUAGAACAUUACUUGAGCGUCAGCAGUAAUCACAAAUACGAUUUAACUCAUUUGAAUAUGAUAUUGUGUCACUAGUGAACAUUGGGACAUGAACUGCUAUAAUGUUACCAAUCAAAAGAAGGCAAAGCUUCUGCCUUGGCUGAAGAAAUGUGGAGAGACCAAAACUUCACGGAGCACAAUCAGAUAAAUUUUGCCAUGAUGGGUGUCCAAGCAAUGCAUCCUCCGUCUACAGGCCCACCCGCAGCCGUACCACCUGGAUCCAAAAGGAAAAUUACCGAGAUUACCUGUCCAUCAGGACCACCAGAAGCCAAAACCGCCCGAUGGGACACCCCUGACCACCAAACUAUGCUUUGGGAUACGUUAGAAGCAAAUAAUAAAAACUGGGAUAGCUUAGAAGCAAAGAAUAAGUCCUGGGACAAAUCUGACACGAGUACGAUUAGACGUGAAGCUAGCGGUACUGAGCGUUGUCGCAAGAAUGGCUCCAGAGAUUUUUCAGAAGCUAAAAGUAAGCCCAGGGAUAUUUCGAAGAACAAUAACAAAAAUGAAGAAUGUAGAUUAACCAACAGUUCAUCGCUAGAAAAUGACAGCAACCGGUUGAAUGGUUGCCUUGAACGCUUACAACCGUCGCAAGAGGAAGUUAAGAACAAUUCUAACUCUCUCGAUUCUGAUAACAACGCUUGGGAUAGGUUCAAACCCCCAACUGAUGAUAGAAACGUUUCUGCUAUUAAUCGAUUGAAUGGGUCUAAAAAUCCGUUACAGCGGAACAGUAAAAACUGGGGGAGUCUGAAACUGUCUCAAGAUGAAGAAAACGUGAGAUGGGAAAGGCGAAAAAGUUGCAAGUUAGAAGCCAUGAACCAAAAGUGUAAUAACUUGAAAUCAUCUGACGAUAGUCGAAAUUUUGGACAAGAAGGAAAUAGUGAUACAUCGAUUAAACUCGUCACCUCAGCGAUCACAUAUACGACAGAAAACUGCUGCGUUGCGAAUAAAGAUGAAGACGCAGUUUUGACUCAAGAUGCAAAGGAUGUUACAUGGGAUACAACGAAUAAAAUGUGGGAUAGCGAUUGUUUGAUCCAAGAUACUAAAUAUGUGCUAUUAAGUGACUGCGAAAGCCAGAAUGAGAACUGGGACGUCUCUGAAACGAAUAGCAAACAAUGGGAAAAUGCAAUUUUAACUAAGGAAGCUAAGGAUGUUAGAUGGAAUGGCACCGAUAAUGAGGAGAGUGGAAAAAAUAGUACAUGGGAAAGUUGCAAUGUCAAAAACAUGAGAUGGGAGUCAACAGAGGACUGCAUAGCAAGGUUGCGAGCCGUAGCCAUCCCCGUUAACAACUGGAGGAGUCCUGUGAACCCCAAGGGCACGUUAGUGUCAGAUGAGGAGUAUGAAGAUGAUGAUUUUGAGGAUGAGUUGAGCUCAGACGAUGACAAGGUACAGGAAGUCAUUCCUCAAGUCAGAUUUCAGCAAGGAUGCAAUAGAUUUCAAUCUGACUACUGGCAGUACUACCGCCAAUCGCCGCAACCUCAACAGACCAUCAGGCGAGAGGAGAAUGGGAAGUCGUACCUAGAACUAGGUGCGGCGCCACUGAUCAAGAUCCAACCACACAAUUCAAGGCUGAGAUGCUGUGACAGUCGAGGCAGAUGGUGUCACAACCCUUGCUACAGGCAGAGGAGGUUGACAGUGCUCAACAUGUCCAUGUGCAAGUUGGCCCGAUACAGGCAAUGCUCAGAUCCAUCGCUCAGGAGAUCUGUACUGAUUUGUAACACCCUUAGGAGGUUAGAGCGAGAAAUGGAAACAGAACCAACUGAAGCACAGUAUCACCACCCGUCCAGCGAACCGUUCAGGAUGAACAGCAGCCGUAACAGCCAAGAUCAACUGCAAGAACUUAAUCAACAAUCUCCAAUGAGAGGCAACAACAGUGGAAGCAGUUGCAAUCAACAACAGCAAACGCGAAAUAGUAUAUCUAAAGGGACACAACAGUCGAUUAGCUCGAUGGGAGCGAAUACUACCUAUGGUGUUAUAUCUCAAGGUUCAACCAGUGCUUUCAAAAGCACAUCAGGCGGCAGUACUUUUUAUGAACAAAGCUUACGUGAAAUGACAUCAGGUCGUGCCACACCCUUCCCAUCUGGUACUCUUCCAGACACAGACUCAGGUUUAGGAGAAGAUGAGGCAAUGCUCAACAAACCUAUCAACUGGAGCUCGGUACUAUCUCUAUCGAGUCAAACCGAAACGGACAUAGAAGUACUCAACAACAAAGAAUUCUACGAAGAAUUCGGACUGACCUGUUCAGAAAGCAGCCCAAGCAGCAAUCCACUUAUGUCGCUUGGAAAUAUUUCAAACGAAUUCAUCAGUAGUGGAUCUACUGGUCCAAGUGUCAACAAUAGCACAUUCAUCGGCCUUUCAUCUUUCCAGACUUUUCCAGCUAUUAAUGGUACGACCUCCCCUAUAGCUAUUUCCAUGGAUGACACUGAUCUGCUAGAGGAUUAUGAGUGUGGAGAUAGCACAAGGACGUUUUUAACGCUAGAAAAUGUGAAUGACGGUUCUAAUUGUACUAGAAGUGCGGGCAAUAACGGGUGGGAUAGAUACGUCCACAUUUUAGUAGACCGAAAUACGUAGCAGCAAUACUCGAGCUCUUAAUACGCCAGUAUAUAUAGUAUGAUGGGUGCCAAACAAAGCGAAAAAACGUAUAUAAAGCAUAUGUCUUUCACUGAUGAUGGCUCGCAAAGGACAAAAUAGUGUAUUUUUAACUUCACUUGAUAAACUCUCAAGCAAAAAUUAUAAUUCUGAAUCCUGCUGAUUAAAAAAUAUAUUGCUUUUGGAAAACGUUAGAAUAUACAGAAUGGCCAUUGUAGAUAUACUCAUUCGCAAAAACGUCUACCGUCUUCAAAGCAAGUAUGAGGUUAUUCCCAUUUUUAUAAAUGUAUACAUUUUCUUACUGUUUUGAAAUCACCAAGCUCUUUUGCCCACAUGAAUUCCUCCCACAAGCCAUUUUCCUUAAUCCUAACAUCAAAUUUUUAAUUUCAAAAACGAAUGAUGAAAGGAAGUAUGGGAGAGGGUAGCACAUUUGAACAUUUUUUUACCAUCAGCUAUUAAGGUCACUAAAAUAACAAAAAAAUUGUGUUUUUAGUUAUCGGAUUCUUACUUAUGUGUUCCGGUAAGAAUUUUGGAUCUGCCCUUCUUUCUUCGAGGGAUGCCUUUUAAGUUUUGCAUAUGGAAAUAAAACAACACGGUCGGUAGUUUUAAAUAACUUUAUUGUUUUUCGAAGUAUUCUCCACGACGAUUAAUACACAUCUGCAUACGCUCGAACCAAUUUUCGAAGCACUUAUUCCACUCGUUUGCUGGCAGAUCCAAAACGGCAUUUUUGAAUGCGUCAACUGCUUCUUCUGGUGACUGGAACCUUUGACCACGCAGUCUGUUUUUAAUUUUCGGGAUAGUAAAGAAAUCGUUAGGACUUAGAUCGGGACUAUAUGGAGGAUGGUCCAAUAAUUCGACGUUUUCUUCCGUUAAAUACUGCCUUGUCUUUUGGGCUGUGUGUGAGCUUGCAUUGUCUUGGUGGAGGAUGAACUUCUUUCGGGGUUGAUUUUUCGAAGCUCGCUGAUGACUUUUGGCAAACAAAUGGUGGUAUACUAAUCCGCAGUAAUAGUUCUUUGCUCAUUAAGAGGAAUUGUUGCAAUAUGACCCGCUUUUGACACAAAUGUCGCGACCAUCUUUUUCGAAACACUUCGAGAACGGAUGACUUUUGUUGGCUUUUCUUCACCUUGGAACACCCAAACAGCCGACUAUCGUUUGUUGUCUGGUUCAUAACUGUAAAUACACGAUUCAUCACCACUAACAAUGCUGUACUCAUUUUUUGAGUUUCCGGAAUUGAAACGGUCAAGCGUUUUUUGACAUCAAUUAACCCUGGCUGCUUUCUGCUCUUCAGUCAACAGGUGGGGUAUCCAACGAGAAACUAUUUUUCUUACUCCUAAUUCUUCAUGUAAAAUUUUUUAAAUUGAGGUCUUUGAGAUCUUCAAGGACGCCUCAAUCUCGCGAUAUGUCACAUGUCUAUCUUCAAUGAUAAGUUUUCGCACUGCAUCGACGUUUUCCUGGGUGAUUGCCGUUUUUGGUGCACCCACCCUGGGAUCGUCGCUAAGACACACCCGUCCACGUUUGAAUUCUCCAUACCAACAGGAAAUUGUCGCCUGAUGUGGCGCUUCGUUGCCGAAAACAGACAGUAACUCAGCAAGGCAUUCUUGUUGCGAUAAUUGUCUCUGAAUGUUGUAAUAAAUUAUGGCGCGAAAAUGUUCUCGGUUGAGUUCCAUUUUUCUAAUUACUUGGUGACACUUAAAAAUUCACUAUAGUGAGAAAACUGUACGUAUUGUUGUGAAACUUUGAAUGUAAGUUUACUAAAGAGUGAGGUUAAGAUUCAGUACUGACGUUCGAUCCGCGCGGCCUACUAUGUUUCUAUAUGCAAAACUUAAAAGACAUCCCUCGUACCACGAGGUUUUUCACUUCUUGGGGGAGCUUUUGGGAAUGGUCUGAUAGCCUCCACUGGGACUAAUGCAUGAAGAGCGACUUCCUGAACGUUCUGUAUAGUUGAUGGGGAGAUGGACCAGAACCAAACGAUCCUUGCGCUUGCACUUGCGGUUCCACCCUUACCAUACUUUGAUUAUGCAUAGGCAUGUCUGCAUCAAAGUCUUAAUCUGAAAAUGCAUUUCCUUUCAGAGGACAAGUUUCUGUUGUUUUAAACCCAGCUAAUAUAUUUUUUGGGGUGAACGAAUUUUCAAAAGCUUUGCCGGCCAGUUCAGCAAUAUUAUGAAUUGUAAUGGUCGUGCCAGGAUGCGAAAGUUAUCCAAUAGUUUUAGAUAUUUUGCCUUAAAUGGACCCAUUACAGACUCGUCCAAAGGCUGCAAACGAUGCGUGCAGUGUGGUAGAAAAGUUACCAUUACUAUUCCAUUUUUUUUGCAUAGAUUAUUGUUUCCAAUGAGCAAUGGCUUUUGUGAUUGUCUAGAAGAAGUAAAACGGGGUCUUCCUUCGUGCACUUAGUGAACCUGUCAAAAUGCUGUAACGUUGAUAUAAAAAGGGCUGCAGUCAUCCAGCCGCUAUUGAGACUGUUCACUAAGCCCAGACUACCUGGAGGAGCGCCAAUCACAAAGGUUUCAUGAAAUCUUCUCGGGGGGAAAAUAAAAACUGGCGCUACAGUAUUUCCUGAUGCGCUGACAAUUCCUACAAUUGUCACAAGAGUUCCACGUUCUGCAGAAACAGCUUAUCCCGCCUGUUUUACUCCUUUUUCGGCAAUUACGUUUGGAGCCUGAACAAUAGUCAGAACACUACUUUCAUCCAGAUUAAAAAUUCUAUUUGGGGUAAAAGGGUGUUUCUGCAAAGCUCGGGUGUAAUUUUCGAAAAACUCAUUCACGUUAUUUUUUAUUAAAACUUGUUGCUCUUGAGAGGCUUGUGUUUCCUGGCUUGCGUAAAGAUAGAUGUGAAUGUAUUUUCAUAAAUCCUUGUACCCAGUCCAGCCCGGCCAUUGAGUUAGUUUCCCAAUUAGGUGGCAUCCUCCGACUCAGCCUAAAAAACAGUAAAUUUAAACUAAAAAUCCAAUGUUUCAACAAGGUUACAAAACAUUACCGUACUGCAUAAUCGAAAACCAGGGUUUUUAAAGUUUUAUAGGUUAACCCAUAGUUCAUUCUGAAACGUUUUAACAUCUAUGUUAAAAGCAGCUGCUCUUGUUCCUGAUUGAAUACUUGUCGGAAGGUAUAUUUGGAUGAAAACGCUUCCCGAGGUUCUGGAUUAUCGUGACCCACUUUUUUUAGCCGAUAGAAAAGUGUAGUGUGGGUAAGGCCAUAGACAUCACCAGCCCUUCUUAGGGUUAAUUCACCAUUUUGAACCCGAAUAACAGCAGCCCUCAUGUCCUCUUCAUUACUCUGUUUUUUUUCGAUUAUUCACAUAAUUUCUAACCAUUUUUGAAAUCUAAAACCAAAAACAAUUGUGACAUACCUACAAACAAAAGGAUUUUCUUAUGAAGGCAAGAAUGUGUUGAAAACGUGGCAGAUACACUGUAAUUUAAUGACCGUCGUGGGACUAACCAGAGGAGCAGUUGAUUAUAGUUGUCUAUUUCGAAUCAGCAGCGAAAGAAAUAAAAAAAAAAUUGUACCUAUACAUUUUACAAAAAAUUAUUACAAGUAAGAUGUUCAAAGAUACCCCAAGUGGUCAAAUCAAAUGAAACCCUAUUUUAUAAAAGGGAGUUGUUUUUAUCUUUCCAAAAACACAUGAAUUCAAUUUCUAUAACUUCGACUUACCUUAUAAUACAAAAAUAAUUCGGAAAUUACACGUAUUUUCACAUAUACACAAAAAAACUUUCACCCGUAAAGUUACAAAAUUUAUUUAAAAAAAAUGUCAUGUUCACCAAACAUAAGCAAACAAUCGAAUGACUGAAAAGUAACUUUUUGUUAAUGAUUACUUGCUUUGCAGGAAUGCCAACCUAAUAUUUUUUGUUUAUUGGUAGGCAACCAACAAUUAAGGCCAAUGUUCAAACGUGCCACCGUUCAAAAGUGCCCCCUUAUCCCUUACUUAUAUGUAAUUACAGUAUUUCUAAAAAUGUUUAAAAUAUACAGUGUCUGAUUCUUUCAUGGUCCAUCAUACUAUUUGGUACUGGUAUAGGUUCUUCGCAACCUUGCUCCAUGGGUAUUUUCAAAUACAACAUUCUGAUACUAUAAAACUCAGGUUGUGAUCUAUUACAUAUGUAUAUAUAUAUACAUACAUACAGGUAUAUAUAUAUAAUUCAAUUAAUGCCAAUGCCAACUGGUUGUUGGCAAGGGCAAUGACUACUGCUCGCAUUAUAUAUAUGUAUAUAUAUAUAAUGUUCAGUCUUUUUCAUGCAGAAUUCAUAUACCUACAUAGAUGUAUGUAGGACAUGUUAAUACACUGUAAAUAUAGAGGGUGUACCACAAAUGAUGGAAUAGAACAAAUAAAUAGAUUAUAAAUUCUCUGAAAUUGUGUAAUCCAAUUUUUAAUACAACCUUGAAAUACCUGAAUGAUGUAUGUAAUGCAUACAUAAUUCUUACACAUAUAUGUAUCUCACAAUAUAUGAAUAUUAUAUGUAUAUGUCAAUUAUGGAAUAACGACGUUUUGUGAACGAACUGGCGUUCAGUAUUUAAUGAAAUAAGUUUUUUUUUUAUUGGAUAUAUUUAAUGUAGUAAAUAUUUUGGAGGUCUAUAUGCCUGAAGGCUAAUGUCACAUAACGAUAUCCCAGCUAGCAGAGGACGUGGUUUUCACCUCGAAAACAUGUCACCAAUCACGUGGAAAAAUCCAAAUAAUCACGUCAAAUAACGUAGCAUAUACGUCAAUAUGUCACAGAUAUUUCACGUAACUAAGUGAUCUGAGAACGACGUCACAUAGCAACGUAAAAUACAGCGAUCGUUGACGUAAAAAACACCAAUAGGCGACGUCACUAAUUUCUAGUAGUUACCAGCUUUUGGAAUAGCGAGGGAGGGGGACUGGGAUGUUUGGUCUACAUGCAAAAUUAUCUGUGGCUAUUGUUCUUGUGGAGAUGACAAUCAAACUAAAUUAUAUUCCAUAAAAUGAUGUAAUGAUGAAAUUAAACAUGACAAAAAACUAUAGCAGUGCUCGAGUGGGUCUCUGUAACAUUUUGUUCUAAGUAUAGUUUUCUUUGUAUCGUAGAACUUUUUAUUUGAUACAGCUGCUACUUAUCUGUUGGCAAUUCUAAUUUUUUUAAGGAUCUGAUAUAAAAGUCUUGUGUAUAAGGCAGCCACCGUACCUCCUUCCUUCUAGGCGUUAGCAAUUUUGUGUGGUCAAAUGCGAUGUCAUCAGAAGCUUCAUUUCAAAAGAACAAACACCAAGGCACUACUUGAUGGCUGAUACCAUCUGUUGAUGACUUCAAGGGCGGUCACAACCAUAUAGAACACGCCACAACACUCGUUUCACAAUUCCCAGUUCCCACUCGCCAUCGUCGCCAUAGAGAAAGGAGUAACAAGCCAGUCGCGAAACGCGGUCGGUGGCUGUAUUGCCGGCGCACCUUCCACUUCUACAAUGACCGCCACUGGCUCGGGCAAAAAGGUUUCCAGAUUUCGCUUUGCUAAAUAUGUUCAACUGCUGAACAUGAAGCGUUUAAAAUAUAAAAAGUCAAAACAAUACAAAAGCUCGGCUAAAGUGUAUAAUAACUAAAAUCAACUAUGGUGUACUCAUGGUGUAUUUACACUAAAAUUAUUGCCUCAAUAACAGGAAAUAUCGUAAAAAAUGAAUUUAUCAGUGCAAUAGAAAACUCGCAGACAAAAUCAUAUUGGAAAAAAUAUAAUAUACAUUAAAGUCAAAAAUCUCAUUAAGUCUGAUACUAGGUUUAGGAACUAGUGAUUUCAAGAAAUAAAUACAUGUACACAUUUUACUAUAUCUAUUAUUUAUUCUGUACCGGUAUAUACGUAACUAAAAAAUAUGUAGCCAAACAACUGCUACUUAUAUCACAAAAAUUACUUAAUGAAUAUAAAAUCGAAUUAUGGGAGAGGUGUUCUUAUGUGGCAACCUAGCUCAAAGAAAAGCGCAUGCUCGGACAUGAGAUCGUGCUACCCGUGCUUCAAUGUCACGUGACGUUACCUGAAUGAAGGCGGGCUUUCAAUUCGUAUUGAUCGUGGAAAAUAAAAAAUAUCUAUUUUGUAAUGUUAAGUACUUUUUAUUAUUACUUUCAAAGUUAGAAGUUAUGAUUUGUUUGGUAAGAUGAACGAUUUGUAAGUCCCUUAUGCUUUGUUCAACACAUUACGAGUAUAUAUAGAAUAUACAGUGUAUUAUUGUAGUAUAUUUAUUUUAGCAAGAAAAUUUGUAAAUGAUUUUAUAGGAACAUUUUAUGGCACAUGUACAUUGUAUGUACCGACAAAUAAAUUAUAUCAAUCAAUGAAACACUUGUCACUGGCACAUUUUUUGUGUACAAUAUUCAUAAUUUCAACGAUUGGUCGAAAUUUAACCUCCUAUCCACGAUUCUGUCAUGUGUAUGAAUGACACCUCACAAGUCGGCACCGUUUCACGUGGAGGAAACGUCAUUCGUCGACCGGUGAGGUGCUACACCUGAUUUCCAUGUUUAAU